UCUUCUGUAACAAUCAUCAAGGAAACACCAACCAUGCACUUUUCCACUUCCACCUUCAUCGCAAUUGCUUCCCUCAGCAAGUUAGUUUCAGCAACUUCCUGUUCAUCCUACACGCCCUCAAAAGACCCCUACUCUCAACCAGCCCUCCGCACCUUCAUCAUCAGCAAAGGCGUCGUCUGCGACUCCACCACCACACCCUGCCGCGUAGACGUCGGUGGCUACGUCUCAGAUGGACGAUCCCUCAACCUCAGUGUCUCUGACCCAGAAGACCUGUACAAGACCAUCGGCAACCAAGUAGACUUUACCUUCAACACCACCGUAACGGACUUUGUCGCCGGAAACCCUGAUAUCGCGCAUCCACUGACCUGGCCCAUUCCCAAUGGGACAGCGGGGUAUGUAGGUUGGACCGCCAAUCACCGCUGCACUGCUGGUCAGUUGUCGGGCUGCGAUGAUGCUGCGGUCGAGGGCGCGUUUGUGGAGGCGUGUACGCCGUACCCUCAAGCUGGAGAACUAUCUGGCACGAUCGCUGAGAUAGGGACGGAUAGGCAGGCUGCGGUGGCUGUGAGCUGUAAUCCUGCCAAUAGUACGCAAGCGAAGAGUGGGAAUUAUACUGGUAGUUGCGAUGCUGGGGAGACGGGGGAUGCGGCUGGUUUGGGGGGUGCUUCGGUGGUGUUGCUUGUGUGUGCUUUGGGGAUUGCGGUGUUUGGCUUUGGAGGUCUGUGA